CUUCCCUCCCUCUUCCCCUUCCAUAACACACUCCACAUGUUCCUUGACCAUGUCAAAUCCCGGACAGGACUGUUCCUGGGUGCAACGUGAUGUUCACGGUUGCACGCAUCACUUCGACUUCAGCCUACGAUUCGAGCAGCUUAUUCUGUCCGUCAUACCUUCGGUCAUUUUCAUCAUCGCUACAUGUUGGCGAUUUCUGGCUCUGAGCAAGUCGCGGACCAAGACAAUAAGGACAAAGUUUCGAUCAUUCAAACUGUUCACCGCACUUUCGUAUGCUGCCGCGCAACUUGUUCUGCUAGUUCUUUGGAGUCGUGAUCCAGAGCAUACUGGCACGUCAGUAGCAGCCUCGGCCUUGUCGUGGAUCUUGUCCCUUGGAAUCGCUGCGCUUACUGUACUCGAACACGACAGAAGCCUGCGUCCAUCCAGCCUUAUAAUAACUUAUUUGCUGCUAUCUAGCCUCUUCGAUGCUGCUCAACUACGGACAGUGUUGUUGCUAGGCCACAGGACUGCUCUCUCGACAAUCCUGGCCGUGACCUUGAGUCUAAAGCUCGCUCUGCUUGCGCUGGAGGCUGCCAGCAAAGCACGUAUAUUGAGAGAUCCUUACCAGAAUUCCUCUCCGGAAAGUGUCAGCGGCAUCAUCAGCAGAGCCUUAUACUGGUGGACAAUUCCUCUCCUGACUACAGGCUACCGUCGGCUACUCUCGUCAGAUGAUCUGUUCCCUGUGGACGAAAGCAUUCACUCGACUGAGCUGGGGAGGAGCUUGAAUAAUCGCAUGGCAGCGUCAGACAUGUCGAAACGCCACGCACUUCUCCGAGUUUGCCUUCAAUGCUUCAAGAAAGACAUUGCAGCAAUGGUCCCGGCUCGUUUGGCACUGAUCUGCUUCACAUACUCUCAGACAUUCCUUUUAGAGAAAGCUGUCAAAUUCCUAUCGCAGCCUUCGUCUGACGAGUCAGUGAAAAUCGGCUAUGGCCUCAUUGGUGCCACGUUCUUCAUCUACACCGGAAUCGCGGUAGCAAACGCUCUAUAUGAAAGACGGGUGGGCCGUACCAUGAUCAAACUAAGAGGCACGCUUGUCGCUUCAGUCUUCAGCCAGGCGUUGGUUGCGGCCGAUGGCGUAGAUACAGACAACGCUGCCGUGACUCUGAUGUCGACAGAUGUCGAGACUAUAUUGAGAGUCUUCGCAGAGUUGAACGAAGCCUGGGCUCGCCUGAUCGAAGUCAUCGUCGGCAUCGCACUUCUAUCGAGACAAGUCGGCGCCAUCAGUGUUGUACCGAUCGUGCUCGCACUAGCUUCGACAAGAGCGCAGACCUGGGUCUCCAGCCGGAUUGGCAAUCGUCGGAAAAUGUGGAACGACGCCACACAGAAGCGUGUUGGGGCGACAGGCUCCGUUCUUGGUUCAAUCCAAUCUGUCCGGAUAUCUGGCUUGAUGAGGUUCUCGACCGAGCACCUCCAAAGCCUUCGGAAUAUCGAGCUGCAAUGCGCGUCGGGCUUUCUCAAGUUUGUGGUCGGACUGAAUGCUAUUGCUGUCGUUCCUUCAAUCUGGUCACCAGUACUCACCUGGAUUAUCUAUGCCAUAAAAGCGCGACUGGAUUAUGAAGAAGAAAUCGAUACUGCACAGGCGUUCACAUCCCUGGCGUUGUUAUUCCUGAUCACGACGCCAACCGCAAAGCUAUUGACAAUUUUGCCUAGAUGGGCCCAGGCAUCUGUCUGCUUUGAGCGACUACAGCGUUACCUUUGUCUCGCAACAUAUAACGAUAGUCGCGACCAGAUUUCAAGGGCUGAAACUCACAAUCCAUCGAUUCUGGAGUCCUAUGAUGUGGGCGACAUUGCUCUCUCUACUUUGUCAGUCGCUACCAGCGGAGCGGCGAUUUUGGUACAGCAUGCUACAAUCUCGCGCUCUCGAUCUGAUAUACCGUUGAUCACGGAUUGUUCAUUUGAGGCCAUCAAAGGCACCAUAACCGUCAUCAUCGGGCCACCUGGAUCCGGAAAAACGACAUUAUUGAAAGCACUCCUAGGAGAGGUUGGCUGUGCUACAGGCAAGAUUGCAUUGGCGACGAAAGGCGUUGCGUACUGUGCACAGUCACCGUGGGUCACGGAUACGACGAUAGCGCAGUACAUUAAAGGUCCCGACGAAAUGCCUGAUGAUACGUGGUAUAAGGAUGUGCUUCGGGCAUGUGAGCUGGCCGAUGAUUUGCGGAACCAGGUCGAGGGCGACAGCACGCGGAUCGGCAGCCGGGGCAUAUCUCUUUCGGGCGGCCAGCGAGCUCGUCUUGCUCUUGCGAGAGCAGUCUAUGCACGUAAAGAAAUCCUGAUCCUCGACGACAUUCUGAGCGCUGUCGAUGCUCGCACUGAAGCAGCUAUAGUCAACAACAUCGCAAUCGCAAAUUCGCCGUUCCGCCGAGGGAAUCGAACAAUCAUCGCUGUCUCUCACUCAGCCAAGCUCGUUGACAUCGCGGACAAGGUCUUUCGCCUCGAGGACGGGAAAUUGACUGCGCUCGACAGAUCUCAGGGACACAGUCUAGCGACCGCUGCCGACUCUGAUAACACAGCCCAUGCUCGUAGUGAAGAAGGGCCUCGCAGCGUAGCCCAUGCUGCUACCAAGCCACCCUCGCCGGAAACGAAGCAAGACAUGACCCGCCAGACCGGAGACUGGUCAGUCUACAGGUAUUACUUCAGUACCACCAGCUUGCUGUCGUUGUUACUCUUUGCGUCGUGCUCCAUCGGAGCUGCCUUCUGCUCUUCUUUUACUCAGGUCUGGCUGCAAAGAUGGACUGAGAGUGGCACGAGCAAUCUUGCAUUGUAUCUGACCGUAUUUGUGGCUCUUGCUUGCUCUUCCAUGCUGGUGACCAGCGCAAAUAUGGUUGUGGUCUUUCUGACCAUCAUGCCAAUCUCUGCCGGCAAGCUGCAUCAGGUUCUGCUUGACACUGUUGCAAGGGCACCUUACUCUCUGUUUUACAAAACUGAUACCGGAACGAUACUCAACAAAUUCAGUCAAGACAUGUCGCACGUUUGCAAUUCUUUGCCAACGUCGCUGAUAUCCACUGGCAACACUCUGUGCGAAACCAUAGCAUCUCUGGUCUUGAUCUCGAUCGGUGCUUCGUAUAUGGGCCUCACCAUACCCUUGGUGUUGGUCACGAUAUUCUUCGUUCAGAAGGCCUAUCUCAAGACGUCCCGCCAGCUUCGUUAUCUCGACCUCGAGCGCCGCAGCCCGCUCUACUCUCAUUUUCUGGAGACACUGGAAGGCGUUGUAACCAUCCGGUCUCUAGGCUGGUCUGAGCACACCGAGAAGACAAACCGGCGACUCCUGGAUGAAUCGCAGACUCCGGCUUACCUACUCUACUGCGUCCAGCGCUGGUUGCGUCUCGUACUUGAUAUGACGACAAUGGCGCUGGCGGUCGUGGUCGUGGCGCUCGCCGUAACAGUGCGCGACACAACAUCGCCCGGUCACCUUGCUCUGGCCUUGACGAGCAUUCUCAGCUUCAGUCAGUCGCUAUCGCGGCUGAUCACCGAGUGGACCACCAUGGAAACUUCUGUUGGUAGCAUUGCGCGGAUCCGUUCGUUUGCGUCAGACCCUGACUUGAUGCCCGAGCACGAGUGGAGUCGUUCGGACAGCGCUGCCGGUCUCGAUGCCCGUUGGCCUAGCCAAGGUUCUAUCACGUUGGACAGAGUGUACGCCCAAUACGAGACUAAAUCCGUGCAAGACAGAGAUUGUCUCCGAGAUAUCAGUCUUGAGAUACAGGCUGGACAGAAAGUGAGCGUGUGCGGCCGAACUGGCAGUGGCAAGACGAGCCUCAUGCUGGCGCUGUUCCAAGUCUUGCCUCUCCGCUCCGGUUCGAUCAUCAUCGAUGGUGUCGACAUCUCUACGCUGUCUGCCGAUCAGCUUCAGGAACAUUUGAUCGGCGUUCCUCAGCAAGCUUUCAUCAUGCCAGAUUCGGUCAGACGUAAUCUCGACCCUUCUGGCAGGUUGCCGGACCAUGAUCUGAACGCGGUGCUUUCGAAAGUUGCGCUGCAAGAAGUGAUUGAGCAAUUGGGAGGCCUGGAUGCAGCGCUCGACCAGACGCGCCUCAGUCAAGGCCAGCAGCAACUCUUCUGUUUGGCUAGAGCUCUAUGCAGGAAGAGGAGUGGCGGCGCAGUCAUCGUGUUGGAUGAGCCUACGAGCAAUUUGGACUCUGACGCGCAUAGUCUUAUCUCAGAGCUCAUACGGAGUGAGUUCCGGGACUGCACCGUCAUUACAAUCGCGCACAGGAUCGAUACAAUUUUGUCUUCCGAUGUGGUCAUUUUCAUGGACAAUGCACAGGUGGUUGGCUUCGGGCCUCCGCAACGUCUCCUCGAAGAGAAUGCCAGCUUCCGGCUGCUUUGCCAAUCAUAG